AUGGAUUUCGACUACAUAUUCAAGUCGCCACCUAUGCCACUCUGGGCCAAUUCAAAUGUGAUCUAUAAUUUCAUUGAUUGUCACAAAAAAAAAGGUCAAUAUUACGACUUAAAGGAUUACCUUUACGUGUUCCUUUCUGAGCAGCUCCAGAAACCCCACAAGAUCCCAGAUGUAUCCUACCUUUUGAAACAAUGGAUAGAAGAUGGCCAAUUUCUUGAGGCAUUUGCCAGCGAGCUAGAUUCUCAUGUUAUUAAUACUGCGACAUGGCAUGCUCAUGCUCACCCUCAGUCAAAGAUGCCACAGCCAACUUACUCACCAUCCCACACCAUGCAAGAAUGGAUCCUUGCCCAAGAUACCAGGCUUUCUGACAGCCUGUUGAAGGAGACUGUGGUGUCUAUUGUGGAAGAACUUGUCAAUUUUUUGGGUACCAAAGGCCCUGGACCUGGUGGAUAUAUUAUGCGUGGUUGGUGUCAGGAGUAUUCCCCAUAA